AUAGUGCGAAAAUCGGUCUUAAAGAAUCAAUUUUUAUUUAUUUAUUUAUUUUUAUUUAUUUAUUAUUAUUUUUUUUGUUGUUUAGUAGUAGUAGGUUAUCUCAAUGUUAUAAAUACCUUGCACAUUCUACCAUUUCUUCCUCACAAGUCCUCUCAAUUUUUCUUCUAAAAAGUCUUGAUAAAUUUAUUGACAUCAAAGUUGAGAUAACAAUGGAUUCAGAGACCCAAAGGAACAAAUGUGCAGCAUGCUAUAGGCAGUUUAACAAAAAGGAGCACUUGGUGGAACACAUGAGGAUUUCAUAUCACUCGGUUCAUGAACCCAUGUGUGGAAUUUGUGGGAAACGUUGUCGCUCAUUUGAAUCUCUCCGUGAUCAUCUUAUAGGACCAUUGCCAAAGGUUGAAUGUGAAAGGGUGUUUAGAGACCAUGGAUGUACCAUUUGCUUAACCGUCCUUAAUAGCCCAAACUCUCUAAGGGUUCACCAAGAUAGAUGUCAACUAUCACGUGGAAAUAACGGUGUACUACAUAGAUUUGCUAACAUGGGAAUUCAUGAUGACUUGAGAAUCGAUAGUGGGAAAACAAGGGCAGUUGCACUUGCUUGCAAAAUGGUUGGUGGUGGAAGUGAUGGUUCUUUAGAUCUUUGUGCAAGAGUUUGUAUCAUCGAUGAAUAUGAGAACAUACUCUUUCAUUCAUAUGUUAAGCCACAACUUCCCGUUACAAACUAUAGGUAUGAGACAACAGGCGUUCGACCAGAGUACCUUAGGGAUGCAAUGCCACUAAGACAUGUACAAAGAAAAAUUCAAGAUUUUUUGUGUAAUGGGGAACCAAUAUGGAAGAUUCGCUCGAGAGGUGGAAAGGCGAGGAUUCUUGUAGGACAUGGUUUGGAACAUGACAUGAAAUGUUUGGAACUUGAGUAUCCUUUAGUAAAGAUAAGGGAUACAGCAAAAUAUCCACCACUAAUGAAGACAAGCAAGCUCAGCAACUCACUCAAGUACCUAACAAAAUCUUACCUAGGGUAUGAUAUUCAAAAUGGGAUACAAGAUCCUUAUGAUGAUUGUGUUGCAACGAUGAGACUUUAUAGAAGAAUGAGAUCACAAGCUCAUAGAAUGGAGGAUUAUCCUCUGGCUACAGAUUCCCAAAACAGUAAUAACUUUGCUUCAUGGAGGCAGGGUGAGCUUGAGAGGAUGAGUCCUAAUGAAUUGUUGGCAAUCUCAAGGUCUGAUUACUAUUGUUGGUGCUUAGAUAGCAAAGAUGUGGCUUAAAAUGAAGGGAAGAACAAGGAAAAUAUUUUAGUGGGUGAAAAAAAAUAGCUAAACUUAUUUGAAACUAAUAAAAUAUAAAUGGAAUAAACAUGGAUACACAUAUAUGUUUGGUUGGUGAAAAGAUCUUCAUUAAAAAGGUUACAUCUUUGUCAAUUUAGAAGUAGUAAGAAGGUAGUUGUAUUGCUAUGUAAGUUGAGUGAAAAUAAACGACAUCUUCGUUUUGCUGAAGUAUAUAUUAUGGAGAAUGUUAAGUACACACUAUGUAUACUUUGAAUCCUUAUUCAAUGUUAUGUAUACCAAUAGCAUAUAUUUUGGCCUAAGAAUUUUA